CCCUCCCCAUUUCAAAGUCGACAUCCUCUUCUUCUUCUCCCUCCCUCCCUCUCGCUCGUCCAUCAGCAAGCGAGCCUGCAGGCGCCAUGAACGGCAACGGCGGUGGCGACGAUGACAUGGACAUGCGGAAGCCGCUGCUGGUGAACACGGGGAGCUGGUACAGGAUGGGGUCGAGCCUCACCGCAUCAGGGGCAUCCUCCAUGGCCAUGAUGCGCGAGUCCCACGUCUCCGCCUUGCUCUGCACGCUCAUCGUGGCGCUCGGCCCCAUCCAGUUCGGCUUCACGGGCGGCUUCUCCUCGCCGACGCAGGACGCCAUCACCCGCGACCUCAGCCUCUCCAUCUCCGAGUUCUCGGUGUUCGGCUCGCUCUCCAACAUCGGCGCCAUGGCAGGGGCCAUCGCCAGCGGCCAGAUGGUGGAGCACGUUGGCCACAAAGCGGCAUUGAUGAUUGCUGCUAUUCCUAACAUCCUCGGUUGGCUCGCCAUCUCCUCGGCAAAAGACACUACGUUUCUGUAUAUGGGGCGGUUGCUUGAAGGAUUUGGUGUCGGUAUCAUAUCCUACACGGUGCCCGUUUACAUAGCAGAGAUUUCUCCUCAGAACAAGAGGGGUGCUCUAGGCUGCGUGAACCCGUUAUCUGUAACAAUUGGGAUGGUGUUGGCCUAUGUGCUCGGCAUGCUUGUUCCUUGGAGGAUGCUUGCGGUGAUAGGAGCCUUGCCAUGCACAAUAUUGAUUCCUGGCCUAUUCUUCAUUCCAGAAUCUCCAAGAUCGCUGGCAAAGAUGAACAAGAUGGAUGAUUUCGAAGCCUCUCUACAAGUUUUGAGAGGAUCUGAGACUGACAUCACCUCAGAGGUGAAUGAUAUAAAGACAGCGGUAGCAUCAGCAAACAAAACGACGUCAAUCCGUUUCCAAGAGUUAAAACAAAAGAAAUUCUGCAUGCCCCUCAUACUAGGAAUUGGCCUGCUUGUACUGCAACAGCUAAGUGGGAUCAACGCUAUACUGUUUUAUGCAGGCAACAUCUUCAAAGCUGCAGGUCUUACAAACAGCAACUUGGCCGCAUGUGGACUUGGAGCUAUUGCGCUUCUUGCCAGUGGAAUUACAAGCUGGUUACUAGACAGAGCUGGCCGACGGAUCCUACUUAUUAUCUCUUCUGCCGGGAUGACCCUAAGCCUUCUUGCGGUUGCCGUCAUAUUUUUUCUCAAGGACAACGUUCCACAAGAUUCUGACAUGUAUUACAUAUUAAGCCUGGUCUCCUUGCUCGCCAUUGUGGCUUAUGUGUUCACCUUCUCCUUCGGUAUGGGCGCCAUUCCAUGGGUCAUAAUGUCUGAGAUCCUGCCGGUCAGCAUCAAGAGCCUGGCGGGAAGCUUCGCGACGCUCGCCAACUGGCUGACCUCCUUUGGGAUAACAAUGACAGCAAACUUGCUGCUCAGCUGGAGCGCUGGAGGUACCUUUGCGUGCUACACGCUCGUGAGCGCGUUCACGCUCGUGUUCAUAAUCCUCUGGGUGCCGGAGACCAAGGGAAGAACUCUCGAGGAGAUACAGUGGUCGUUCCGGUGAGCUCGGUUGGUAGUUUUCGCCGUAUGUAUGUCGGAAUUAUUCUUCAAGCUGGGCAUCGUCUUCUUUUUACUAGUCGGAUUGCUCGAUGAAGGCCAAUCAUACAAAGGAAAAAAACUUUGUCGUCUGUAUAUUCCUGUACAGCAUUGUCUCAGAUGACUUUGUAAAGGGGACAUGUGAUUACUCUGUUCUCUUAUCUGGGUUCCGUGCAGGUGCAGGUGCAGCUGGUGGUCAGCUCCCAUUGUGAUACCCUCGCAAAAAAAAAAACGUUGAGAUUGUCUUGCUCUGUUCUGAAACUUUUACUGCUAGUUCAAAUUGUUCAUGUGAACGUGGUGAAUAUUUGUGCCAUUGUGACAUACACCUUGUCUGAAAAGGGAAAAUUGCCCUGA